AGGUCACUUGCGGCCCCACCUACUUUGCGCAUGCAUCCGCCUGUCGCCAUGGUGCUUAAUUUCCAGUUUUCUGCAAAAGCCUAUGGCACGACGGAACAGACUCCAAACCAAUUGCAUUGUUGAUAUUCCUUACAAUUAAUUAUUUCCAUUGGUGCUAUUAGGCGUCGUUGCUAGCAGGGGAGGCAUUCAAACGCAUACGCCGCGCCGUUUGACGCUCAUUAAGUGUUGUCGAGGUUGCUUCUGUCUAGAAUAGAAAGUCAGCUACAUUUAUCCGGGGCAGAUCUGAAGAGCUUCGAGCAGCAGCGCAGCGUUGGCUAGCAGCGCAUGUCGAGCCCUCGGGGCCGUGGCCGAGGCGGCAGGUCGCUCUGGCCAUGGCCCCUUCGUAUUCACAGCGUGCGUAAGCUGCUGCUCCUCCUUUCCGCGGUCAUCUUCCUCGCCGUACAAGUACACUUCUACAACCACACCACUCGGAGAUUUAAGGACUGCAGUGUCCCAUGGGUCACUGAGGAAACAGCGGUAGCAGCUGCAGCAGCAGCGGACGGCGUCAGCAGUAGCAGCAGCAACCUUAGGGGUCUACGCGGGGACGCUGGCGGCAGUAGCGGCGGCCACCAUGCCAUCAAAGCUGCCAGAGUCUCUAAGGAAGGGGCAGCUAGCAGCAGCAGCCCUGGCGGGGGGCGAAGGAGCAGAAUCAAGCCGCUCAGGAUUGCGUUGGUGUCCAUGUCCACGGGUCGCGCCCACGACGCGGCGGCGGUACGGCAGCAGGCGGCGGUCAACGCUCGGUCAGCGGAGUUCUCGGGGCUGCUGGACGUGACCGGGCCCAACAAGGCUGAGUACGCCCUGCGUCACGGAUACACCUAUGUGGACGCAAGCGAACUGCUGGACGCCUCCCGCCCCGCCUCCUGGAGCAAGAUCCCUGCCGUACUUUCCGUACUAGAUUCGUACGACUGGGUUUUCUGGCUGGACGCGGACACGCUCAUCACCAACAUGUCGCUUCCGCUGGAGACGCUGCUGCCCGCGGUUGGGCGGGGGAGGCGCGACAGGGGCGGCAGCGGCGGCAGCAGCAGCAGCUUGGGUAGGAGGGAGCGUCAAGACGACAGUAGUGAUGGUGGUGGUGGCAGCAAUGGACGAGGUGGAGGUGGUGGUGGUGAUGUUGAUGUCAGUCAUGUAGCAGAAGGAGGAGCAGAAGCAGCAGCAGGAGGGGAUGAGGGCCAUCAUGGGUUGGUGGGGCCGAGAGCCUCGCCCGACCUGAUCCUUACAAUGGACUCGACAGGCGUCAAUGCGGGAGUGUGGAUCAUGCGCGGUUCGGGUUGCGGUUGGUGCCGUACAUUCCUGCAGCACUGGUGGUCUUUGGAUUCGUUUGUACGACACGGUCCUCAUGACACCAAGUCGGGCGAUAACGACGCGUUGAAGCACCUGAUUGCGACCAUGGAACGUUCCGAACGCGCCAUGCACGUGGGUCUAGCCCCCCAGUGCUCCUUCAACUCCUACCUCUGGCGGCCCAGUCUGCGCAACUGGCUACGGUACCUGGCCAACCCGCGACACAUCCUCACGGGUUUGUGGCAGCCGGGAGAUUUCGUACUGCACCCCGCUGGCGUACAAAACAAGAUGGCGGUGCUGCAGCGCUUCCUCCGGCAACAUGCAGGGAGAGCAGGAGGAGGAGGAGGAGGAGCAGGGGCAGGAGGAGGAGGGGCGGCAACAGUGGAUGGGGCGAAAGGCACAUCCUGGCAGUCCUCCUCCUCCACAGCAACUGCAGCAGCUACGACGCCGUCUGUUGGUUCGUCCGAAGGCGAGGGGUUGCAAGGAGAGGGGACGCAAGGAGAGGGGACGCAAGAGGAGGGGGGAGGAGAGGGGUUGCGAGGUGAUGGACGGGAACUGCUUCGAUCGCUGCCCCUGCCGCCGCCGCUUGCAGCAGGGGCGUCGGCUCUGCCGCCUUCGCCUCCUGCCCUGCCGCCGCCUCGUGCGUCUCGCCAUAGGGAAGGAGGGAGUACGGCAGGGGGUACGGCAGGUCAGGAGGUAGCAGCCGUGCUUAGGGAGGUUUGGGGUCGGAGAGGAGGAGGAGGAGGGAGUAGCAGGGCGGGGAGAGGGAUACUUGAGAGUGGCGGGGGUGGAGGUGGAGGCGAGGGGGAGGGCGAGGAGGAGCGAUGAUGAUAGGGUGGUGGUUGUACGGAUGAUGAUGACUGUACGACUGUUAUGAUAAGGUAUCGUAGCUGUUGUGUGAUGCUGGUGGUGGUAGUGGAGGUGGUGGAGGUGGUGAUGAUACCGUAGUGGCCAAGCCGCAACGUGAUUUGCAAUGCAGCCGGCAACCUGGGGUUGCUGUGGGGUUAGGGUUGGGAGAGGUUCAGAGGAGGGGAUGCAGCUUCCUUGUGUGCCGUAGUUACUGCUCUGGGGCUUGGAGCUCGGGGCUUCCACAUUCCCAAACACAUCUUCAAUCCGUUCAGCAGCAGGCUCAGCAGGGCUCACUGACGCACCCAAGGAUGGAUGCGGCUGCAUUGCUGCACCACCUCAACCGUCACAAUCCUGUCUGUCUUGUGCUCACAGAGACAAUCCCCACACACGUCGGCUUCACACAAAACACAUCCCCACCUCGCCCGUUCGGGUCACAGCUUUGGGACCCUUCUUGCCGCUGCUGCCUAGACCCUCCUCCAUCUAAAACGAGAAUGCGGUUAAACCACCUUCCAGUGGUGACUCUCCUGCCGUACCCUCACAAUACCACCCAGGACAGCUCCGUCCGGCAAUCCAUCACGUGUUCAUCCAUGCACUCCCCCUUUCCUUCCCCUUGCCUUAUUGGGGCUACAGGCCCCUCAUGGCUUGUACGGACACACUGUACACGCGUACAGACUGUAACUGAGAUCCUUGUAGCCGGCAUCAUCCAAACCCAAC